UACUAAGUAUAAAUAUGAAUAAAAAGAAAGAAUCAAAGUUAGUAGCACAACUUAACAUAGACAAAGACGCUAAUGUAACGACGAGAAGAAGAAGCUUAAAUAUGGGAAAAAAACAAGGAUACAAUGUAUCACUGCAUCAUAAAAAGGCAAGUUUUAAACAAACAAUAAAGCAAAAAAAUACAACAAAACGUCAGAAAAGUCCUAAAAAAUUACCUGAUUCAAACAAGCUUUUAAAAAAUAAAGAAGAUACAUGUAAGCAUCAAAUUGAACAUUUGAACCAAAUUUUAAAACAAACUAGUACAUGUCCAACGCUUACACAAGAAGAAUUAAAACUGUUAUUCAUGAAAUAUAAAUUGGAUGGACAUUAUAGAACUAAUACAAAUUUACCACCAGUUACUAGUCUGUUGAAUAAUACAAAUAAUGUAAUUGAUGCAAACAGUUAUCUUUAUGGUAAAACACCAUAUACAGAGAACAAUUUAAGCAUGCACAAUAAUCUUAAUUAUAUGUCAACAAAUUGCAAUAUACACGCAUGUAAUAGUGAAAAUAUACUAACUGAUGGAUAUUACAAAAUUCAGUCUGAAUCAAAUUUAAAUGAUAAUAAAAUCUCUGACAUGGAAGAACAUCAGAGUUUAAAAUAUUUAAACAAAGAUUUGAUUUUUAAUGCACAAUAUGAAAAGACAGAUCAAAAUUUAUUGAAUUUGAAUAUUUAUAAUAAUUGUUACUUAAACGAAUGGAAUAACAAUAGUACAGUCUCAAUAAAUAAAUGUAACAACUUUCAAUCAUGGGAAAAUGAACACUUGGAUUGUGUUUCUGGAACAAAUAACAUGUCAUUAUAA